UUUUGUAAACGUGCUGAAGAGUAACUUCCGAUCCUGACUUCCUCAAACCUCUGACAAAUUGCUGCCUCUUGACUCUGAGGUGAAUUCUUUUUGAUGAAGGGACAUCUCCGAUUACAGUUCCUGACCUGGUCCUCAUGCUCCUGAGGCUCCUGCUGUUGAUCUGUGCUCCACUCUGUGAACCAACCGAGCUGUUUCUGACAGCCAGUCCCGCCCACCCUAUAGAGGGGAGCUCAGUGACUCUGACCUGUGCAAUCCAGCUCCCUCUACAGACGACAGACUCCCAGCUUCAGUACCGCUUCGUCAGAAAUGGAUGGCCCCUGAGACUGGCCUGGAGCAGCUCCCCAAAGCUCCAGAUUCCUUCCAUGUGGCGUGGAAAUUCAGGGCUUUACUGGUGUGAGGCAAAACCAGUGAAAGCCGGAGUUAUAAAGAGCAAGAUGUUGCAGAUAAACGUGCAGAGAGUCCCCGUCUCUGAUGUGAACUUGGAGGCACGGCCACCAGGGGGACAGGUGACAGAAGGAAAGAUGCUGGUCCUUGUCUGCUCGGUCACUGAGGGCACAGGAAAUAUCACCUUCUUCUGGUACAAAGGGGCCAUGGGUUUAAAACUGGGCACAAAAACCCAGAGUUCCUUAACUGCAGAGUUUGAGAUCCUUACGGCGAGGGAGAGUGAUGCUGAGCAAUAUUACUGUGCAGCUGACAAUGGCUAUGGCCCCAGUCUCAGUGAGCUGGUGAGCAUCACUGUCAGAAUUCCAGUGUCUCACCCAGUCCUCACCAUCAGGGCUACUGGGGCCCAGGCUGUGGCGGGGGAUACGGUAGAGCUUCACUGUGAGGUCCAAAGAGGCUCUCCUCCGAUCCUGUACCGGUUCUAUCAUGAGGAUAUCAUUCUGGGGAACAGCUCAGCCCCCUCCAGUGGAGGAGCUUCCUUCAACCUGACUGCAGAGCAUUCUGGGAACUACUCCUGUGAGGCCGACAAUGGCCUGGGGACCCAGCACAGUGAGGCUGUGCCACUCAACAUCACAGUGCCUACCAAGAACAGAAGGGAAUUUAUUACUACAGGAGUCAUUGAGGGGCUUCUUGGUGCCCUUGGUCCCUUCACUAUAGUUCUACUAUUCUGCUACUGGCUCAAGAGAAAAAUAGCUUACAUGCCCUUUCCUCAAAGAGACUUCACUUGGCCACCGAGCCUACGAUUGUUCUCUUUUAUUAUUCUUCACCAACGUACCAAGUUUUUAGCUUCAUGCUCCAUCACAGCUGGAAAACAGUCAGCCAGUGAUCCACUCAGGAGCCCUCCAAGCCCUGUACCCCAAGAGAUUACCUAUCUCAACUCACCCACCCCAGUGCCACUACAGCCUGUGUAUGAAAAUGUGAAUCUUGUAAGUGGGGAUGAUAUUUAUUCAUUGGUGUACUGUAGCCAGCAGGAAUGGAAAGCAGCAGCAGAACGCCCAAGGACACCUACUGAGGAUGAGGUCUCCUUAGACAUCUAUUCUAAGCUGAAGCAGGCAAGCGAUUCAGAUGGGGACUAUGAAGACGCAAUGUAAAGCUGUGGAAUAUUUUUCUCUUUGAAAACCAUCCAUGACUCCAAGCCUCAGAUCCAACAGGUUCUUCAGAGAUCCUAGGAGAGCCAACUUUCUGGUGCACUUCACCUAGAUGCUUUGCUCCAUGAGCCUAUUACUUCAUCUACCAUGAAGUGAAGUCAGAACAAGCCUUGAAGAGACCAUCCAGGAUAACCAACAUGGACACAGGCGUGGGAAGGACUAUGUUACAUGAGAGCCUGUUUCCUACUGGAUCCUCUGGGACGGGUCAAAAUGCACUCUUAAUUCUUCUCACGAGAGGAAAUGGUGGGACAAAAGGGCUUGAGCUCUCCCGGUGGAGAAACGGUGAAACUUAGAGUGCACAGACCCAGGGACAGUGGUUUUGUAGAACUGCUCCAACGAGACAGCUUUGUCCAUGGUUUUGUCCAAGCACUUUCUCAGCACAGACAGUACAGAACCCCAGCCCUGCCACUUAGGUUAACCAUCUUGUUUCCGCCUAAAAUACACUCUUAAGUGCAUGUCGGGUCAUGUUACCAGAUUAGAACCAAAACAAAGUUACAUAAAGAGUUAUUGUGGUUACACUCAAUUUUAAUGAUAUAUUUUCUAGGCUGAUCUAAAUGCCCCAGUAUUUAUGAGAAAUAAUCUCAUACGUUCUACCAUAUCCAAAAUUCUCUGUCUGUUGCAACCUGUAGAAGGUUUGUGAAUAUAUUUUUUCUUCUUUCAUUCAUAAGCUUCUUGAAAACGUGUGCAAUAUGGUUUGGAGUCUGUUUCAAUUUUAAAACAAUCACACACUCAAUCUCACAAAUGAAAACAAUUUAAGAGUAUAUAAAGUAAAAAGUUAAAGUUAUCGCUGCAAUCUAACACCACAAAGGGUAGCCACUGUUAAGAAUUUAGCAUAUGGCUCUCCAGAUAUUUUUGUACAAACACAUAUACAUAUAUGUAAAUAUAUAGUUAUUUAAAACUGUGCCUGUUUAACAAAAUAUCAUGAAAUACUUUCAUCUCUGUAUAGAUCUAUUGUACUAUAUUAAAAGGUUUCAUAGUAUUCUGUUGUAUAGAAAAAUCAUAAUGGAUUUUAAUCCUUUCCAGCACUGAUGGCUAUUAAGGUGGCUUCCAAAGUUUUCAUAUUAUAAAAAUGUUGCUAAAGUAAACAUUCUGUAAAAAAGAUCUUUAAGCAUUCUUGUUAGUUUACCUGAAGGAUAAGUUCGUAUAUCUGGGAUUACUACAUCUUAGGUUAUAUACAUUAGAUGUUUUUGUUAAAUACUCUUAAGUUGUCCUCCAGUAAAUGGUAUCAAUUAACACAUCCACCAACAGUAUAGAAGAGAACGAACGUGUGGGGAAAAGUAUCACUGUUAUUUCCAUUUAAGUGUUUUAAAUUCCUAAGGCAGUUGAGCAUCUUUCCAUAAAUUGACUGCUAAUUUGUAAUUCUUCUAAAAGUUUCCUGUGUUUUUCUUUUGUCCAUUUUUCUUUGUGUUCAUUUCCUUUUCUUAUGCUUUUAUAUGAACUAUUUAUUGAGGUGUAAUUUACACACAGUUGAAAGCACAGAUUUUGUGUGCACAGUUCCAUUCAUUUGACAAAUGCAUGCCUCUGAGUAAUCCAAAUGUCUGUCAUGAUAUACAAUGGUCCUAUCUCCCCAGAAAGUUCCCUCAUACCCUCUUUCAGUCAAUUUCUGCACCUUCUAGAAACAAUUAUGUAUUUUAACCAUGGUAUUAAAAUUAGUUUGAGAUCUUACAUAUUUUAACCAUUUUUCCAUUGUAUGUGAUACAAAUGUUUUUGUCUAAUCUUUCACUUCAAUUUUUGUUUACCGUGAAUCUUAAAAUAUGGAAGGUUAGUUUCUGUGCGUCUAAAUCUCUCCAAGUUUUUCUUCUCGGCUUCUGAGUUUCUUGUCUUUCUGUCAUCUUCUAUCAGACCAUGUUAUAAAAAUAUCUUAUGUUUUCUGAUAAUGCUUUCCUAGUUUUUUUUUCUUUUUUUUAAAUAUUCACUCAGUGUAUUAGAUAUAUAUUUUUGGUGAGAGGUAGUAAUCUAACUUUUACUGAUUUCUAUAUUUAUGUCUUUAUUUUUUGUAAUUUUUUAGUUACUUGAGGUAGGGAUGUAAAUUUAUUUUUAAAAACAGACAUAAACUGUCCACUGUUAUUUAUUAAAUACAGAAGC